AUGGCGCAAGAAAAGAACGAAAAGUUUCGGCUCCCGGGCCCCAAAUUUAAGGACGAGGUACAAAAAUCGCUCGAUUGCUACAAUCGGCAUUUGAAUCCUCACUUUUCAACGCCGACCGGAAUGUUGCUGCCACGUGAUAAACAACCGCCGCCUAUGUUUGGGCCACGAGGACCGACCGUACCACCGCAGUAUUUGCCAGCUCAACGUCACAACUCACGGAAGCGGCCCGCCGGUGGCUACAAUGGUCAUCCCUCCCAACCGCGUCAACCGUUUCGGUGCGGUCAGCCACCACGAGGCGGCCCACCAGGGCUCGAGAAAGAUGUGGUUCCGGAGUUGCUUCGCCUCGAUUGGAACCUUUGGUGCGCCGGGUGUGAUGUGAACUGCCGAAACGAAGAGGAGUACCGUGAACAUCUCGAUCGGCACCAGCCCUGCGCUGUGGCGGGCUGCACAUUCGUUGGCCAUCCGAUGGUGAUGAACAAACACGUCCACAAGGUGCACGGGGCCAAUCGCCCGGAUGCUACGGAAGCGAUCGCUAAGCCACCAUCGAACGUAGAGAUUGAACGGUGGCGCGAAGAACGUCGCAAACGGUAUCCCACUAAGCAGAACGUUAUUGUCCGACAGCAGGCCCAAGAGGAACGGUUCAAGCGUGGGGAGCGGAUCGAGGAAAAUAAGGAACGAUUUCCAAAGCGGCCCGGGGCGAAUGAAACACAACACGACAAACCGUUCGUUGCUUCCAAAAGACAGAAACGUCGACGACGGGGGAAGGUGGCCGAUAAGUGCCCCGCAGAGAAAGACUCCGGUACCGGGAGGAUAGCGUUUGCCGGCACUGCCGCUCUGGAGGACUACCGGGAACCAACGGCAAGCAGCAACGCGCUCGGUAUGCUAGGAGCCUACGGUUCGGACAGUGCGAGCACAUCGGAAGAUGGGGAAGACAGUGUCUCAAUUGAAACGAAACAACCGAGCAUCGUUGCCCAGAAACCGGAUGUUCCGGAGGUGCUUGGCGAAGGGCAACAAAAUGAUGAUGGCCAGAGAGAGGAGGUGCCGCCGACAGCGGCACCAAUGGUAGCAGAACGGAGCGAGGAGAAAGACCCACAAGGCAGCAAGCCAAAGCAUCGCGGGAAGCCAAGUGAUGCCAUCGGCGAGCGGCCAACGAAAAAGUUCUUGCUGGACUACUCGAAACUGCGGCGAUCGACCCAAAACACCAUGCUGGAAAAGCUGCUGGACUCGGACAUCCGGCACGAGCGAAACGUGCUGCUGCAGUGCGUGAGGCACGUGGUGUCGAGCCAGUUCUUUGGCAUUGGCCAGUCUGAAGAGCCAGACGUAAAGGAGAAAGCGGAUAUAUGAUGAAAAUAAAAUGAGCGCCUCUUU